CACCUGUCGAUGCACUUUGACGCUUUCCACCACCAGGUCAGCGACCUUCCUCCAGCUCUCCCUGCGCGAUCCUUAAGAAAGUCUCCCCUUCACCCUAUACCUGCCUCGCCCACCAGUCCUCAGUCCGUCCUGGAUGGCAGUAGCUCCACUCUGUCGGGCAGCGCCAGCUCAGGGGUCUCCUCCCUCAGCGAGAGUAACUUCGGCCCCCCGUCCUCCUCCUGUGACCCCCCUAUCGGCCCCCUGGAUUCAGCCCCCAUUAGCGCCGUGGACCCCGAGGACCUGGACUACCAACCCAUCCGAUUCAGUGGCUCAGAAUCCGAAGUUGUGGGAGGAAACAUCCAACAAGACCUCCAGAAUAUUCACUAUUAUCAUCACUACAUCCCCCAUCUUCCACCACUCUACCACCUCCAUCACGAGCCCCCCGCCCUGCCCCCUAAGCCCUACCUCAGAGAGGGGUGCAUCCCUGAAGAAGACACCCAAACACCGAUGCCUCGCCCCAUGCCGAGAAAAAUCUCCCAGCCGAUCAUCGCUGCAACGAAAGAGGAGCAGGCGAAGGUGGCGUGGGAAACUGGGGUCAGCGAGGAGUAACGGGUGGGAUCUAAAUGUAUAAACUUUUAAUCCAGAAGACAGAAUAAACUCAGAGUCGCUCUGAUAACCAAACUAAUGGAACAUUUAUAUACUCGACUUUAUCAGCUGAAUCACUUUCACCAGACCCUCAUGUUUAAUCCUGUCUGAGCACAAUCAAUGAAUUCAUCAUCGUAAUGUCGCACCUGUACUGAAAAGGCCUCCAUCGAUGGUUUGGGAAUACCUUUUUUCGCCAUAGUAUCCCAUCGAUGAAUGAUUUUGUUGUCAAAUCAUACAUUUCUGAUCACGUAGAAACCAAAUUCAGACGUCAGGAAUCACUCAGAAGCUUCUUCAUACCACCUCUGAGACCAUACCAUCGAAGCCAUCAGCCAAUGGAAAACUGGACAGCUAAUAACGUUGCAUCCUUACUGAAAUUGCACACACUCAUGGGAUUUCAGUUUGACUCAUAGGUCAGACUCAUGGGGUUUAAAUGUACAAACUUUUUCCAGAAGCGGGAAUAAACCGGGACUAACUCUCCGAUCCGAAAACCAAACUAAUGGAGCAUUUGAAUAUUCAACGUCAUAAGCUCAAUCCUCAUUGACGUUAAGAUACCCAUUUAUUUAUCCCUGAGGGGAAAUUAGAUGUUUUUACAUGUUGCAUCCUGUCUGCGCACAGUUAGCUUGAUUUAUUUGGUACUAUUUAAUCACUAAAUCCAUCGUAAUAACGUUGCACCUGUACUGUAAUUGCACAGACUCGAGAGAUUUCAUUUUGACUCAUAACAUUAUCAUGGGGGGUCAAACAAGCGUGAUUUAAAUUGACAAAACCUUUUCCAGAAGAUAGAUUACGUUAAGAUACGUUAAGAUACGUUACGACACGUUACUAUUCGAUACAUUACAAAACGUUACGAUGCGUUACUAUUCCAUACGUUACUAUUCCAUACAAUCCGUUACUAAUCGAUACGAUACUUUUCGAUACUAUCCGAUACGUUACUAUUCAAUAUGUUAAUAUUCGAUACGUUACCAUUCAAUACGUUAAUAUUCGAUAAGUUACUAUUCGAUAAGUUAAUAUUCGAUACGUUACCAUUCAAUACGUUAAUAUUUGAUAUGUUACUGUUCGAUAAGUUACCAUUUUCGAUAUGUUACUAUUCAAUACGUUAAUAUUCGAUAAGUUACUAUUCGAUAUGUUACUAUUCGAUACGUUACUAUUCGAUAAGUUACUAUUCGAUAAGUUACUAUUCGAUAAGUUAAUAUUCGAUAUGUUACUAUUCGAUAAGUUACUAUUCGAUAAGUUAAUAUUCGAUAUGUUACUAUUCGAUAAGUUAAUAUUCGAUAAGUUACUAUUCGAUAAGUUAAUAUUCGAUAUGUUACUAUUCGAUAAGUUAAUAUUCGAUAUGUUACUAUUCGAUAAGUUACUAUUCGAUAAGUUACUAUUCGAUA